AUGUUCGCGAUUCCUCCCCCGCCCCGUUACCCAACCACAAAUGGCCUGCCUCCCACGACGUUAGAAACGGCCAAUAUUCUGCACCAUCCCGAAGGCCCGGAAUAUCGCUUUCAGGUUGGUGAAGGCACCUACAUACUUCGCGACGACCUACAAUUAGCGACUCCGCCCCCUCAUCCUUCCGAGGCGCCUGUGGUCAAUCCUAACCCACUCGCAACAGGAGCUGCGCCGCCGACGGCUGGAGUACAGCUAUCCCUGGUGUCUCUGAACCCAAGCCGUGCCCGUUUGGAGCUUUACAAGACCAACACCACAACUAGCAGCUUGCUUCGAUGGCGGUCGCUCGGCCUCAAUAACUCCAAAGAGAAGGAGACUAAAGAGCCUGAGAAGGAGCCGAGGACAUCUCUCGAAUCCAAGAGCGACAUAAGCAAUAACGAAGGCAGCAGCAAGUCAUCCAGCGUCCCAGCUUUUGGUGAGACCAAUGCCGUACUCUCGCCCGUUGUCAGCCGGGAGGGCGGCCUCAAACGACGCAAGCCCAAAAACAACAUCAUAAAGUCAAACUCGUCGUUUGUGUCUCGAGUCAUACCACACGAAGCGCUGGCUAAGAAGCUGUCGGAGCGAGAUCAAGGAGGCACAUUCGCGUUCGUCAAUAUCAACCGCGCAUUCCAGUGGUUGGAUCUCUCGUCCGGGACCAAGUCGGAGCCCAUGACCAAAAUCUUGUUCACCAAAGCGCAUAUGCUUUGCCACGAUGUCAAUCCACUGACGAAGCAUUCAACGCAUGUGGACCUGAUAAUGGGCUCUUCGGCCAGUGAUAUUAUCUGGUACGAACCCAUGUCUCAAAAGUAUGCACGAAUCAACAAGAACGGCAUCAUCAAUGGUUCCCCUGUGUCGAAGAUCAAGUGGGUACCAGGCUCAGAAAACCAUUUCUUGGCCGCCCACAUGGACGGGAGCUUGGUUGUGUACGAUAAGGAGAAAGAAGACGCGCCAUUCACAUCGGAAGAGGUGGUGGAUGAGGCCAUCAGCAUCGAGGACGAGGAGUCGUCAACCUUGAAUAUUACCAAGAGCGUGAACUCAUCGAAUCAGAAGGCCAACCCCGUGGCGGCGUGGAAGGUCUCCAACUCGAGCAUCAACGACUUCGCGUUCUCGCCCGAUAGUCGUCAUCUGGCGGUAGUUGCCGAGGAUGGCUAUCUUCGUAUCAUCGAUUAUCUGCAAGAAAGACUGACAGACAUCUACACGUCGUAUUAUGGAGGUUUCACCUGCGUGACCUGGUCACCUGACGGGAAAUACGUGUUGACUGGAGGGCAAGACGAUCUCGUAUCAAUCUGGUCCUUGAAUGAACGACAAAUCGUAGCACGGUGCCCGGGACACGAUUCAUGGGUGACAGCGGUCGCUUUCGACCCAUGGCGUUGUGACGAUAAGACGUAUCGUUUCGGGAGCGUGGGAGAAGACUGCAAGUUACUCCUGUGGGAUUUUAAUGUUGGGAUGCUGCACAGGCCUAAAGGGGCUGGAGGACGAACCAGGGGGAGCAUUUCGACGCAGUCUGUAUCAUUAGCAAGACAUCGAACCGAGAGUGCCAGCGCCAAUCGAGUACGGUCGGAUUCCAACAAGACACAGAGCAUGCAUCAACCUGAGCUGGAUGACGAUGCGGAAUUCCUCAACCACCCUGUUGAGCCUCGAGCCCGGACGGCGCAACUCCCGCCGAUACUGUCGAAAAAGGUGGAUGAGCAUUCAUUAAGUGGACUUGCAUUUGAGCAAGACUCUAUACUGGUGGCCUGUCAGGAAGGUCAUGUUCGAACUUGGGAUCGGCCUCGAGAAGGCGUCAACAGCAGCCAACUGGAUCUGAGCAGCAGCACUGAUUCAAGUAAAGCAUGA